UUUGAUUUGAUUGUAUCAAAAUCAAACCGUCUGAAUCGGGUUUUUCUUUCCUGCGUUUUCUGCCUUUCACUCUUCUCCUCCACAAUUCUUUUCUUUGACCAUUUACUCUCUCUCUCUCUCUCUCUCUCUCUCUCUCUCUCUAUAAUUUACUAGGGUUCCUUUCUUCUUCGUCUUCUCCUCCUUCCUCUCCAUAAAAGUCCCAGUUUUUUCUCGUCCAUUGUCUGCAAUCCUCCUCCAACUCACUCUGCCACCAACAAUGGCAAAUAUUGCUCCCUCUUCUUCUCCGUCGUCUUCGUUGCAGAAUCCGGUGGUUUCAGCUGCAUCUUCUUCCUCUGGAGUUCCCGAUGAUGCUUUCGAAGAAUCCUGCAGUAUAUGCCUCGAGCCCUUCAUCGCUGCUGACCCUGCAACUAUUACGAGUUGCAAACAUGAAUAUCAUCUUCACUGUAUCCUUGAAUGGUCUCAAAGAAGUAAAGAAUGCCCAAUAUGUUGCCAGUUACUUGUCUUAAAUGACCCUGCCAGCCAAGAGCUUCUAGCUGCUGUGGAGAUUGAAAGGCGUUCAAGGUCAAGGAACAUUUAUUCAGCUCCUCCCACAGCUCUUCAUAAUUUCCACGAGGACUUCGAUGUCGAGCAUGGCACUUAUUAUUCAGAAGACUCUGAUUUUGAUGAGCGUAUUAUGCAACGUCUGUCUGCUGCUGCUAGUAGAGCUCGUUAUAUUCACAGAAGGGAAAGACACAGAUCUUCUGGGCUUGGUCCUUCCCAAGUUCUUGCUUUCACCUCUCCUGCAAAUAUGUCACCGCAAACAUACAUGACCUCCCCAGAAGAUUAUCCAAAUUUAAGGUAUGGGUCACCCGAGGGUGGUUCACCAUCUUCUGGCAUGCCUUCUGCUAUCAACUUUCGACCUCCAGGAGCGGUGGAUGUUGAUCUGGUCCCCAGUACUUAUCUCAACAGAGACAACCCUGUUAAUCCCACAAUUAUUUAUAGCCAGACACCAUCUGAUGGUCCAAGAAGACCAAGUGCAUCUGAGAUGUUCUUUCCAGAGACACUCAAAUCUAAAUUGUCUGCUGCUUCGGCCAGAUAUAAGGAAUCAAUCUCAAAGAGUACCCGAGGCUUUAAGGAGAAGCUACUUGCUCGUAAUAACUCAGUAAAGGAGCUAAGCAAAGGAGUUCAGCGUGAGAUGAAUGCAGGAAUUGCUGGUGUUGCUCGAAUGAUUGAACGCCUAGAUCUUACUUCAAAACGAACUGGAUCCUCUAUUCCUGUUCCCAAUUAUACUGAAGGCACUUCAUACUUCUCCUUCAAAGGGAAGGGUGUGGAGGAAAAUGUUGGUGUGCAGUCUCUUAACAAAAGUAGUGGGCAAGUUCCACGUGAUUUAAGUCCGGGUGCAACCUAUAUCUCUGGUGCAAUAGUGGGAAAAUCAGAAGAUCCUCAUGUGCAGAGUGGACAUUGAUGCUGCCAUGUCUGGUACUGGCUCUUCAACUAAGUGUGUUUCAUGAGCACACCAGGAGGCAAUAUGGUGCAAGUGACGAAUUGUGUUUUAACCAAUCUGCUGGUUGGUUGGCGUCCUGCAUACCUGCCUGUAGCCUAUAUA